AUGGAGGACAUUAGGUGCUUACUAUUCGGCUUAUCCACGAGUCCAUAUGUCUUUAAUAAGAUAAUGAAACCGGUAAUAAAUGUAUUAAGGGGUCAAGGUUUUCUGUCAACAAUAUAUCUCGACGAUAUAUUAUUCAUAGGGAAACAUUUUCAAAGCUGUCAGGAAAACGUUCUGAAAUCGAAAGAGCUAUUAGAAAAGCUUGGAUUUGUCAUAAAUUACAAGAAAAGUUCACUAAUUCCAGCAAAAAAAUUUUUGAACGCGGCGUGUCCGGCAGUUGCCUACAGCACCGUGUAUUGUAAGAGACUCGAGAGAGAAAAAUUUCUUGCGCUGAUAAUAAAUGAUGGAAAUUACGAGGCAUAUAUGACAGUAAGCAGUAAACUCAAAGAUGAUUUAAAUUGGUGGAAAAUAAACAGUCAAAUUGGAGUAAUUCCCAUGAGGACGCUCGAAUACAGAGCCGAAAUUUUUUCAGACGCCUCUUUAACAGGAUGGGGGGCUCACUGUGAUAAGUUAUCCAUAAACGGUUGGUGGGGUGUUGAAGAAAGAAAACGUCACAUAAAUUAUCUAGAGCUUCUGGCGGCUUUUUACGCUUUAAAAAGUUUUACGAAUCAGUUACACGACUGUGAAAUUUUGCUAAGGCUCGAUAAUACUACUGCGAUAGCGUACGUAAACAAAACUGGAGGAAUUCAAUACCCAAUCUUGAACGAGCUCGCACGUCAGAUUUGGCAGUGGUGCGAAGAGAAAAAAAUAUGGAUACACGCCUCGUAUAUAGCUUCAAAAGAAAACGUUUAUGCAGAUGCAGCUUCUCGAAUCACGAACACAGACACAGAAUGGGAGUUGUCAGAAAAAGCUUUUCAAAAAAUAAAUAAGAAAUUUGGUCCAUUUAGCAUUGAUUUGUUUGCCACGGAUUUAAACAAAAAAGUGAAGAGAUUCUGUUCUAGAUUUCCUAAUCCGAAUGUAUUUAAAGUCGACGCCUUCACAAUAUCGUGGAAAAACGAAAAACCGUACGCAUUUCCCCCAUUCGCGGGAGAAGUCACACCCACUAUCACGAACACUUUCGCUGGUGGUCGGUCAGUUGUCAGGCAAGCAUUUUUAAGAAAAGGCCUCGACGAAGAAGCAGCGGAUAUCAUGGUCAAUUCACUCGCGAAAUCUACGAUGAAACAAUAUGAAUCUUCGCUUAGAAAGUGGUGGAAUUUCACCUAA